GGACAGCUGUACGUUGUUGGCGGAUCAAACGGACACUCGGACGAUUUGAGUUGUGGGGAGAUGUACGAUCCCGAAAUAGAUGAUUGGACUCCAGUUCCAGAACUGAGAACUAAUCGUUGUAAUGCAGGAGUAUGUGCACUGAAUGGAAAACUGUAUAUUGUUGGCGGGUCAGAUCCUUACGGACAGAAGGGAUUAAAAAACUGUGAUGUCUUUGAUCCUAUAAACAAAUCUUGGACAAACUGCGCUUCGCUAAAUAUCCGUAGGCACCAAUCUGCUGUAUGUGAACUUGGUGGGUACUUGUAUAUCAUUGGAGGAGCUGAGUCAUGGAAUUGCCUUAACAGUGUAGAACGUUACAAUCCAGAAAACAAUACUUGGACGCUGAUUGCAUCUAUGAACGUGGCUAGGCGCGGAGCUGGUGUUGCUGUUCUCGAUG